AUGAACGACCUUCGCCAAGCGCUACUCGAAUCCCUGGCACUUUGUGCGAUCAACUACAACUCUCACGCAUCGGUAAUCUUAGCGGUGGACACGUCGUACAUCGCGGUCGGAUAUCACCUCUGCCAGUGCGACAAAGACGAUCCGCAUAAGCAGUUCUACAGUCACUUUGGCUCCAUCACUCUCAACGACCGCAAAUCGCGGUUUUCCCAACCAAAACUGGAGCUGUACGGUCUCUUCCGCGCGUUGCAGGCUACCAAGAUCUACCUCGUCGGCAUCCAUAACCUUAUCGUGGAGGUCGACGCGCAAUACAUCAAGGGCAUGCUCCAGAAUCCCGAUCUCGCACCUGGCGCAAGCAUCAAUCGCUGGAUCCUGGGAAUCAUCACCUUCCAUUUCAAUCUUGUCCACGUCCCAGGCACCUUGCAUGGCCCCGAUGGGCUUUCGCGA